UCUGCGUUUAGUAUAAUGCAUUCCACUAUCCUAAGCGAUUAUAGAUAUUGGUACAAGAACCUGAAGAUUCAAGUCUACUGUAGCAAGACGGUGCACGAACCAGAGACACCUGUUGGCACCAAGCCACUCGACUGCCCACAAGUCCGUCCCACAUGCCCACGUUUCCAUGGGCCCCCCACAACCUGUUCCAACGACUACAAGUGUGCUGGCCUCGAUAAGUGUUGCUUCGACAGGUGUUUGGGAGAACACGUGUGCAAGCCUCCCUCAUUCUUCAAUAACCAUCUCUUUUAAAGAUGAUUAUUUUAGCCAAAGAAACAAUCCUAUUUCAAAUCUUUUAUUUAUGAAUAUAUAUUUUCAAUAAUAAAUUUUGAAUGCCUA